AUGGAUGAAACCUUGGUGGGAACCACACACCCACCAGCAGAUUGCGUGUGGAUGGAGGAAGAGAGGGAUGUUGCUGACUUUGCAAGGGAGGCGAUUGAGUUAGUUUCUACAGCUGGAAAUUUAUCCCCAAGGGCAAGGAGCCUUCAAACAGAUCAGACCGAUGCAUCUUUGGAAUCUUUAAACCUUGAUCAGUCUAGGGAUAACGGGUUUGAACUCAAGCAAAGGAAAGCGAAAGGAGGGGAUUAUGCGUCCCCCAAUUUCAGGAGGUUAAAGAAAAUAUUACGAAUGCAUGGCAUCAAAUUUGUUGCGAUAUGUGAGCCCAAGGUUGGGAUUUCUCAAAUUGAGUCCAUUAGGCUACGUUUGUCAUUUGACGCUGUCGAGGCUAAUGCAUCGGGAGAUAUAUGGGUUUUCCAUAGUUCGCCUUUUGUGUGCGCCGUGAUUGGACGAUCGUCACAACAUGUCUCCCUUCAAGUUCAACAUCCUUGGUUGCCCGGACUAGUUGUUGUUUCCUUUGUUCAUGCACGCUGCUCGGUGGAGGACAGACAGACAUUGUGGCAAGCAUUGUUGAAUGAUAAGCCCACUUCGUUACCUUGGUGCGUAUGCGGGGACUUCAAUGUGAUUAUGGUGCCCCAGGAGAAGAGAGGCGGGUGGCCGUUUUGCAGCAAUGAGGGUCGUGAGCUAUUGUCUUUUAUGGAGAUGGCAGGGGUUUUUGAUGUGGGGUUCACGGGCUCACAGUUCACAUGGUGUAACAAUCGAAAGGGAAGAGCAAGGAUUUGGAAAAGGUUGGAUAAGCUAUUGAUUAAUGCUGAGUGUUCGUCAUUGAUAUCGUCGGUGACGGAUGUUGGUGGGUCCCCAUUGCGAGCUCUGUGCUCUAAGCUUUUGGCUAUUAGAAGAGUCAUACGAGAAUGGAACAAAAAUUCCUUUGGGAAUGUUUUUGAGGUUGUACGCACGAUGGAGGAGGAAGUUCUCCAAGCGGAGUUAACGUUUUGGAGCCAAAAGGCGUGGGUGAAGUGGCUACGGUACGGGGAUGGCAACUCAAAGUACUUUCAUGCAGCGGUUCAGCAGCGGAGGGUACAAGGGGCGAUUCAUCGCGUGCCGAACAUAAGUGGGGAUUGGAUAGAGGAUGAUGAGGGCAUUGCAAGUGCAGCUGUCAGCUAUUUCGCCGAUUUGUUUUCAAGGUCAAAUAACGAGGACAUAGGGCUGUUAUAUCUUAUCCCUCGUCUCAUUACAAGGAAGGAUAAUAUGGCCUUGGAGGAGCCUCCUUCGAUGGAGGAAGUCAAACAGGCAGUUUUCAGGAUGGACGGGGAUAGCGCAGCAAGCUCGGAUGGGUUUACUGGCUUUAUCAAGAAUCAGAGUAUCACGGAGAAUUUUCUGCUUGCCCAAGAGAUUAUUACGGGUAUUGGAAGAAAGGCUAGAGGGGGUAAUGUUGUGCUAAAAUUGGAUAUGUUGAAGGCUUACGAUCGGGUGGGCUGGAUUUUCCUGGUUAAUGUCUUGCGCAAAUUUGGGUUUGGAGAACGGUUUGUUGAUACGGGGGACCCCCUUUCUCUUGCGCUAUUUGUGAUUGCGGCUGAGGUCCUAUUUCGGGGUCUUAAUAGCCUAGUUACGCAACCUGGAUUUAGGGGGUUUUCAAUUUCGAGGGGAUGUGAGCAGGUCACUCACCUAGCGUUUGCAGAUGACGUGAUAAUUUUUGCCAAUGGGUCCUCGGCGUCUUUAAAGCUAAUCGUGCAUAUGCUAGACAGAUAUCAGAGAGCUUCUGGCCACCUUGUCAAUCUCAAAAAGUGUGGGUACCUCAUGCAUCCGUUCACGUCACCUGCUCGUCGGAGGGUGGUGGAGAGAUUCACUGGAUUUUCAAGACAACACUUCCCCAUUAGGUAUCUAGGAUUUCCUUUGUACUUUGGCAAGAGCAAGGCCACGCAUUAUGAGGAAGUGUGUCAGGCCAUACUGGGGAAAAUCCUCUCAUGGAAGUCGAGGUUUCUCUCCCUUGGAGGGAGGAUCGUCCGAAUCAAGCACGUGCUGAUAGCGAUCCCGAUGCAUCUCUUGUCGGCCGCUGUGAUGCCAAAAACAAUUUUUAGGGUCAUCGAGAAGGCCUGCUCUGAUUUCUUAUGGGGGCGAGUGGGGGGGGAUCCCAACCGACAUUGGAUACGUUGGUCUCAGUUGUGUUAUCCAGUUAAAGAAGGGGGAGUUGGCUUUCGAAAGCUUAGGGACAUUUACACUGCAUUUUCAUACAAGCUGUGGUGGAGCUUCUGUACGGGGUCGUCCCUUUGGGCUAAGUUUCUGCACGUAAAGUAUUGCCAAGAGAUUCAUCCAUGCCAAGCAGAAAUAAAGGCAACUGCGUCUACAGUCUGGAGGCGCAUGAUCAAUGUUCAUCGACAUGUGGAAUUGUCCAUACGAUGGUUGAUUCACAGGGGGCCUUGUAACUUUUGGUAUGAUAACUGGAUAGGAACUGGGGCGUUGUAUUUAAUAGCUAAUGACAUGCCAAACUUGUCCUUUGAGGACUUCAUAGUGCGGGGAUAA